CCCGCUCUACAAAGUCAACAGCCAUGAGGACCUUGACAGUGACCGUGACGUUGGCCCUGCUGGUAGUUCUGCUGGUACCGGACACCCAGGGUUGGUUCUGGAGCCGCCGGCGCCGGAGCUGUUCCCGGGUGGACUGUGCGUGGGGCGUGUGUCCUGUGGGGAGUUGGCUGGGCCCGAGAACGGUGCUAAAUUCGGGGACAGUUACCUGUAUGAAGACGUCGUGACCUUCAGCUGUAACCCCGGGUAUGGCCUACAGGGCAGCGCCGACCGCACCUGCCAGGCAGACCGCACCUGGAGCGGCGAGGAAGCCUCAUGCACACGCCUGCCGUGCCCUGUGCUGGACUCGCCAGACAACGGAGCUGUCGCAGGAGAUCACCUCUUCGGUGACGUAGCCACCUACUCGUGCGACACUGGGUACGAGUUGGAGGGCGUGGCCACCCGAACCUGUCAGGCCGACCAGACGUGGAGUGACGCACCUUCCGUCUGUAACAAGAUCUGUUGUGGUGAGCCAUCUGUAGCCAACGGUAACGUAGAGGGGACCUACUGCUACCAGGAGACCGUAACUGUGUCGUGUGACGAAGGUUACCGGCUGGUGGGGGCCGAGUCUUUGGAGUGCACGGCUACUGGAGCCUGGAACAACGAAGUGCCCAUCUGCGAGAGGAUCUGUUGUGACAACACCAUCGGCAUUGCCAAUGGCCAGAUCAACGCUGAAGAGGGUUACUGCUCUGGGAACGUCAUCCAGUUCUCCUGCAACACCGGGUACGAGCUUGUCGGCAGCUCCACGGCUACCUGCCAGUUGGACGAGACUUGGGACCAAGAGAUUCCGAUUUGCCAACGUGUGUACUGUGGAGACCCUGGCCAGCUGCGCCACGCCACCAGGCAGCUGGAGGGAAUGUACUACGGUGACGCCGCUACCUUCACGUGCAACACCGGCUUCAACCUCCAGGGCAAUGGCAACCUGACGUGUGGCGCCUCUGCCGAGUGGGAGGGCGGGGAGCCAACAUGCGAGCCUAAUGGUGACUGUUCGUGUGACUCCAUCGCCUCCCCUGGAGGUGGUACAGCCACCUGCAUGGGCGGGACCGUUAACGGAGAGCCCAGCCAGUUCGCCAGAAUGACCUGCCCAUCUCCCAAGGCCUACCCAGUGUCGGAAAACCAGUUCGAGUGUGGGGCGGCCACUGGCUACCUUUGGAUGAUGCGUCACUUCUUCACACUCACACUAUCCGAUGUGUUGGACUGCCAAGAUCAGUCGGCUGUGGCUGCUGCGGUGGAUGUGAGCGGACUGAUGAUCAGAGCUACUGCCCCAGUGGACGGUACUGCUAUAGUCAGCGCCCUGAAGGAGGGACUCGCAGCACAGGACGGCUUCUGUCAGAGCCCCUGCACUGUUGGCACGGUCACCCUGUCAGCAGAGGAGGCAGCCGAGGGCUCCCCCGUGGAAGUCUCCGCCACUGUUCAGGUGUACAUCCUCGGAGACGCUGAUGCUCUCUGGGUCACCAUUCCUGAUGACAUCAACGUAGCUUUGAGUACCAACGCUGACGCCUUGAAGCAGCUGGCCCAGGCCAGCGGAGUCUCCUUCAGCGCCGGCGGGCAGGACUUGAUCCUGGAGGAUGGCGGCGUCAGCACCUCUGACAGCUACAUCACGUGUCCGGAGGGCCACGAACUGAACGGUUUUAACUGCUACGCGUGUCCUGCUGGCACCUAUUACGACUCAUCCGAUAGCGAGUGUAAGGCCUGUCCAUUCGGCUACUACUCGGACCAGGCCGGACAGACCAGCUGUACCAUGUGUCCCGAUGGGAAGAGCACGUACGGAGAGGGCGCCAAGGAGUGCCAAGUGUACGUGGACUGCUACUGUAUGGACGGCCAGCACCCGUGCACCUUUGAUGCCCAAGAAGGCUGGGUGUGUCACUGCCCGGCCGGAUACCAGAGAGAGGAGGACGAAUGCGUUGUUGAGUGUCCGACUGGAUCCAGCCGCUAUGGAGCAUCGUGCUUCCAGAUGAACUCCAUGAGAGUGCCGUACAGCUCCGCUUCGCAAAUCUGUCGCUUCAACGGAGGCGAGCUCCCCCGUGUGAAGGACCAAGGUACCGCGGACUUCAUCAAGGAGCUGGCGGCGGGGAGCGAGGUGUGGGUCGGGCUGGAUGACCGAACUGACGAGGGGCAGUACAUCUGGUUAGCCGACGGCACCGCCAUCGCCGAGGGUGACUACACAGCAUGGGCAAGCGGCCAGCCCAGUGAUACCUUGAGCUGGAACGACUGUGUGCGGAUGGACGCUGAAGGACAGUGGACCACCAUCAACUGUAACGACUUCACCGCCUACGUCUGCGAGUUCAACUAGACGUUGAUGUUAAUGUUCAAGUUGAUUUUGCUGUCGUUGUUUCUGAUGCUUUGCGUCCAUUAGUUGUGUGUAUUACUAGUGGCUAAUAGCGAGAUUCAUCUAAUUUUGAGGUUGAGGUUUACCUACAUGUAAAUGAGGUAUCUUAUAUCUACUUUAGAAUGAAUUACAAACUUCACGUUUUUGAUUGAUUCACAUUA